UUCAGACUUCAGAAUUCACUUUUUCCCCAGUUUCUGGGAGUUGUACUAGUUCCUCAAACUCUUUUUGGACUCUCGGGCUUUCACUCUGUAACUCUAAUAAAUGUUGCCGUGAAAAUGGCGGCGCUAAUUAGAAGAAUCAGCAAAAACUCGACCUCCAUCUUUGGCAGCCAUUUCACUCUCUCUCCUCACACAAUCCCUAAUUCCCUGUCUUCAUCUCUCCUUUCUCGCAGAAGCAUUGCUUCUAAACUCUUCGUUGGAGGUCUUUCGUUUUAUACUACAGAGAAGACACUAGCAGAAGCAUUCUCACAGUUUGGGCAAGUGAUACAAGCAAAAAUUGUACACGAUCGUGUCUCAGAUCGGUCUAAGGGUUUUGGCUUUGUUACUUACGCAUCAGACGAUGAAGCUGAUAAAGCCUUGACAGAGAUGAAUGGAAUACAAUUACAUGGGCGUGUUAUCUUUGUGGAAUAUGCAAAGCCCAGAGUUGAUUUUCGUGCGAAAAUGCCCAUAGCACGAGGACCGCCUGACACUGCUGAUGCUGAAUAUAUUUGAUCACUUUGCCUAUACACAUGGAAACAUUGAAGGGAUGAAAAUACGAGUCCAGCAAUUUGCCUACAUAAUUAGGUUAAUAAAGUUGCUAUAUACAUUGGGUAUUUGGGUUUAUAUUCCACUCUUAGUCUCUCCUGAGUAUACUGCCAUAGAGACAAUGGAUCGUUUCAGCAGCUUCAUGUCAAUGGAAGUUUACCAAUGUCAACUAGAAGCUGCUCUUCGCAGGUGAAACUGAAAAUCUGCAAUGCGGUAAAGUUUAUCGUAAUACUCCUAUAGUUAUACUCUUAUAGUGUGAAACUGUGAAUAUUAGAGAUGAUAAAUUAAUCUCAAGUUAUCUUUUAAGAGUUGUUAAUACAGUUUCUUUGAUGAAUGAUGAAUUAUUUACUGGAUUAUAAGUCGAUGUCAUUUCCA